CAGACCACGUGGCUAUGACGUCUCGGACAGCAGCAGCUGUGGACAGUUGGAAGAGUUAGCAUAUUUCUUUAUUUUGCUCUGAAGCCAGAGCUGGUGGUUUCAUGUCGCGCCGUUUGUUUGCACUGAGGCGGAUUCCUGUCCGGGUCUGGGUGUGAGCCUCUUCGGUCGGCGUGUCCCAGGUUAAUCAUGUCUUCGCCUGAGCACGGUGAAACUUUCAGUCAGCUCAAUAAGUUUGAGAAACUGUCGUGGAGGCCCUCCAUCCGCGACUCAGCCACUAAGAAGCGAGCACGGUGGUUUCAGGCCCGGCGCAUCUUCUCCCCUUCCUGCCCAAACCUGCGGAUCCCCAACAGGUUUCUGAGAGAAGGACACUGCAUUCCUCCUGCCCGCAGUGGACACCGCUGUGUAGCAGACAGCACCAACCUGUAUGUGUUUGGAGGCUACAACCCAGACUUUGAUGAGGCAGGCGGCUCAGAGAACGAAGACUACCCUCUGUUCAGGGAGCUCUGGCGGUAUCAUUUUGCCACAGCAUCCUGGCAGCAGGUCCGCACAGAGGGGUACAUGCCCACGGAGCUGGCUUCUAUGUCAGCUGUCCUACAUGGGAACAACCUGCUUGUGUUCGGUGGCACCGGGAUUCCAUUCGGUGAAAACAACGGCAACGACGUCCACGUUUGCAACGUUCAGUACAAACGAUGGAACCUGCUCAGCUGCAGAGGGAAGAAGCCCAACAAGAUCUAUGGACAGGCCAUGGUCAUCAUAAAUGGCUACCUUUAUGUGUUUGGAGGGACGACGGGCUACCUUUACAGCACCGACCUGCACAGGCUGGACCUGACCACCAGGGAGUGGACCCACAUCAAACCCAAUAACGCGCCCUCAGACCUACCUGAGGAGAGAUAUAGACAUGAGCUAGCUCAUGACGGGCAGAGAAUGUAUAUUUUUGGAGGCGGGACUUCCUGGACAUCAUAUCCACUAGACAAGAUUCAUGCUUAUAAUUUGGAGACAAACUACUGGGAGGAUAUCAUGACGAAACCCCAAGAAAAAAUAGGAUAUCCUGCCGCCCGUCGAUGUCACAGCUGUGUACAGGUCAAAGAGGAGGUGUUUAUAUGUGGGGGUUAUAACGGAGAGCGCAUCCUGUCAGACCUCUGGAAGCUCAACCUGCAGACUUUUCAGUGGACAAAGCUUCCUGCGAUCAUGCCGGAGCCAGCUUACUUUCACUGUGCUGCGGUCACUCCGGCCGGCUGCAUGUACGUCCACGGCGGAGUCGUCAACAUGUCUGGGAAUCGAAGGACUGGCUCUCUGUAUAAAGUGUGGCUGGUGGUUCCCAGCCUGCUGGAAAUGACCUGGGAGAAACUGCUGAAAACUUUCCCUCACUUAUCCCAGCUGUCCACCCUCCAGCUGCUCAGCCUGGGACUGACGCACACGUUAAUCCAGCGGCUCAAAUAAAGACUGAAUGCAGCGGUAUGUGAUGGUGUAGCACGGACUCUAAGAUGUCUGACGAUUUAGGGUGAAAGGACAAAGUAAGCCUGAUGAUGUCAGAUGGUUAUGAAAAUACUUUGAUUGCCUUUUUAUAUUAGUCUGAUGUAAAUGUGUGGGUUGUUUUAAAAAAGUGCAAUUUAUUUUUUUUAAGUUUCCCAGUGUGUCAUAUGUGCACGCAUCCAUCAGAAACUGUGUAGAAAAUAGAAAUUACUGUAUGCUGUUUGUUUUUCACUUCUGCCUUCUUCAGGUUUUUCUUCUUGUUUUUUGGUCGUGGAAACUUGUGGAGCCUGAGAGAUAUUUUAUAAACUCCAAAGACCACUUGUUAAAAGGCCAAAUGAAUGUUGGUACAGUAGUGAAGUUUUAGCUUUUAUUUAGAGGCAAAGACUUUUUUUAUCUGUUCUUUCUUUUCCCAAUCCUGAAGUGGAACAGGUUGUGCAGCACUACCCUCAAUCAGUCCUGCUGUUCCCUCUUCAAACCCAGCAGAGGCACCAGUUUGUAGGCCCUGACAUUUAAAUAGAAAGUUUCGAGAUUCUCAGUAAAAAGCAGACUUGUAUUUCUGAUUGCUUUUCACAGUUUAAGUAACACAUUUCAGCCUCAAAGACUCACUGAUUAGGGUGCUGAUGUGGAGCUGCGAUUAAAACUCGACCGUUCAAAUUGAAAAAUGUUCCUCUUGCCGGUCACAAUUAGGCCUUCUGAUCAGAUGAAAACAUGUGACACGGCAUCACUGUGAAAUAUCUUAUGCCUCUUCAAUUUUUAUCCCUCUUUUUUUGGGGGGGGGAGGGG